CUGGUGGAGCAGCAGAAGUUCCAGCUGGACAGUUGGUGAAACAGAGCUGUUUGACUUCAGCAGACAGAAACACAGACACAAGUGAAUUUGUCUCUGAUGUUUCCAGCAGAGUGACAUCAUGGCGACAGCAGCACCAGGUGAUGAUGAGUUGAAGGACAGAAGCAGUCCAGACCUUGGUCGACCUAACUUGUCAGAUGAUCUGCAGCCUCUGAAGAGGAGCAGCAGCUUAGAUUGGCUGCCACCUAGCAUGUCUGAGCUGAGGGUUGUUCUGCUGGGGAACAGCUGGUCUGAGAGGAGUUCAGUGGGGAACUUCAUACUGGGAGAGACUGAGUUCAGCACUGAGGAAGAACCAGAUCACUGUCUGAGAGUCAGUGGACAGUUUCAGGAGACAAAGAUAAUUCUGAUCAACACUCCAGAUCUGCUGCACCCCAAAAUCUCCCUAGAAGAACUGACAAAACUUGUAAAAGACUGUGUGGGACUCUCUGAUCCUGGACCUCAUGUGUUCCUGCUGGUUCUACAGCCUGAAGACUUCACUGAGGAACUCAAAGUGAAGCUCUGCAGAGUCCUGAAACUCUUCAGUGAUCAAUCAUUUGAUCAUUCAUUGAUACUGAUAUCAACAUCCAGAGAGGAGAGUUCAGCUUUCAUGGAGAAAGACCAGCCCUUAAAAGACAUGAUCAGAAUGAGUAGAUACAGAUAUCUGUGGCAGAAGAACCUUGAACAUCCAGAACUUUUAACACGUUUGUGUCAAACUGUAAAAGAGAACAAUGGAGAACACGUUAGCUACGAUGUUUUUGAGGACACAGUAUCUACUUUACCAGGUGAUCAUCAAAGUCCAAAACAGAAGAAAAAACAGACUCCGAUCACAGAUGCUGUUAAAUCUGCUGGGCUGCAUGUUAUUCCAAUCAGUCCACAACCUUCACUCUCAGAGAAAACCCUUCAGACUCACAACGUGAACGUUCCCAGUAAAAUGACCCCGUUCCACCAGUCAUCUGAACUCAGGAUUGUGAUGUUUGGAAAAAGCGAAAACAAAAAAACAGCACUAUGCAAAUUCAUCAUUGGGAGCAAAAAGGUUAAAUUCUACAAAAUAAACCCAAACAAGCAGUGUGAGGUCGCCCGUGGUCAGUGGAGAGAACAUCCUCUAACAGUGGUGAAAACUCCAGACAUCUUCAAACUGUCUGAGGAAUCAAUCAGAGAAGAGAUGAAGAGCUGUGUGACUCUUUGUUCACCUGGACCAAAUGUUCUGCUGCUGUUAGUGAAGCCUUCUGAUCUCACUGAGGAGAACACACAGACACUGAAGUUCACCCUGAGUUUGUUUGGUCGAGAUGCUUUUAAACACUCAAUGGUCAUCAUGACACAUGAGAGGGAGGAAAUGAGUGUCUCUGUUAAUGAACUCCUAAAGGACUGUGGAGGAAGAAACUACAGCAUGUCUGCAGAUGACCAUCCAUCACUAAUGGAGAAGAUUGAGAACAUUGUGCGUGAAAACAAAGGAACCUUCCUCACCUUCACUGAAGAGAUGAAACCAUCCUUAAACCUGGUUCUGUGUGGGAGGACAGGAUCAGGGAAGACCUCAGCAGCCAAGGCCAUUUUAGGUCAGACAGAGCUUCAUUCAGUCUCCAACUCCUCAGAGUGUGUUAAACAUCAGGGAGAGGUGUGUGGACGUUGGGUUUCUCUGGUGGAGCUGCCUGCCUUGUAUGGAAAACCUCAGGAGGCAGUGAUGGAGGAAUCUCUCAGGUGUAUCUCCCUCUGUGAUCCUGAGGGCGUCCAUGUCUUCAUCCUGGUCCUACCUGUGGGUCCCCUCACUGAUGAAGACAAGGGAGAGUUACAGACCAUCCAGAACACAUUCAGCUCUGCAGUCAAUGACUUCACCUUCAUUCUGUUCACUGUGGAGUCAGAUCCUAAAGCUCCAGCUGUUGUUGACUUUGUCAAAGAAAACAAGGAGAUCCAGGAUCUCUGUCAGAGCUGUGGAGGAAGAUAUGUUGUUCUCAACAUCAAGGACCAGCAGCAGAUCCCAGAGCUGUUGGAUUCUGUGGAAAAGAAGAUAGUUGAAGGAUCCAGAUGCUUCACAAUGAAGAUGUUCAUCAAGGCUCACGUGGAUAAAGUUUCAAGACUUGAAGCUAGACUGGAGGAUGUGAAACAGAAGACAGAGGUGGGAGGUGAUCUCAGGAUGGUGUUGAUCGGGCGAACUGGCAAUGGGAAGAGUGCAACAGCAAACACCAUUUUGGGUAAAGAACAUUUUAAAUCUAAAGCCAGCGCAGAUUCAGUGACCAAGUUUUGUGAGAAAGCAACAGGAGAGGUUGAUGGACGGCCUGUCGUCAUAGUCGACACCCCCGGCUUGUUUGAUACGACUCUGUCUGAUGAUGACAUUCAACAGGAGCUUGUGAAAUGCAUCAGCAUGUUGUCUCCUGGACCUCAUGUUUUCUUACUGGUGCUGAAGGUCGGCCGCUUUACAAAAGAAGAAAAAGAGUCUGUGGAGCUGAUCAAGAGAUAUUUUGGUAAGAAGUCUGGAGAUUUCAUCAUCAUUAUAUUCACCAGAGGAGAUGAACUGGAAGAUCAAACAAUUGAGAGUUACAUAGAAGGCUCUAAUGACUUCUUGAAAAAACUAGUAAAUGACUGUGGAGGAAGAUACCAGGUCUUCAACAACAAAAAUCAAACAGACCGCACACAAGUCAGAGAUUUGAUGAAGAAGACAAACAAAAUGUUGAAGGAAAAUGGUGGCAGCUGCUACACCUCAGAGAUGUUCCAAGAGGCCGAAGCAGCAAUACAGAAGGAAGUGGAGAGAAUCCUGAAGGAGAAAGAAGAAGAAAUGCAGAGACAGAAGGAGGAGCUUCAAAGAAAACAUGAAGAAGAACUGGAAGCAGUGAACAAAAGAAUGAAACAACAGAAAGAAGAAAUAGAACAAGAGAGAACCAAACAACUUAAAGAAUUGGAAGAAAACAUCAACAAGGAGCGAGAGGAGAGAAGGAAAGAAAAGGAGAUGAGAGAAAAGGAGGACAGGAAGAGGAAGAGGCAGGAGGAAAAUCAACAACAGGAGUGGGAACAAAAACUUGGAGCUCUGGAGAAAAAAAUAAAGUCAGAAUCAAAAGAGAAGGAAACCAUUGACAAAGAGUUGGAGCAGAGUAGAGAGGAGAUGAGAGAGCAACGAGAAGACUGGGAGAAGGAAAGAAAAGAAUGGUGGAAGAAACGAAAUGAAGAAAACGAACAGAAACGACAAGAAGAGAGAACUAAACUCAAAAAGCUCCAAGAAGAAUACGAAGAAGAAAGAAACAAACAUGAAAUCAAAAGAAAAGGAGAAGAUCGAACCAGAAGAGAACAGGAGGAGAAGGAGAGGAAAGAAUUGGAGGAAAACUACAAGAAGAAACUGGAGGAAAUGAAGAAGAAAUAUGAAGAGGAGGCCAGAAAACAAGCUGAAGAGUUCAAUGAGUUCAGACAGAAAUACACCAAGGACUUUACAGCGUUGGUAGAGAAGCACAUGGAGGAAAUACAGGAGAUGAAGAAAAGACAUCACAGACAAGUGGAGGAGUCAGAAGGGAGGAAAGAAAAAGAGUACCAGCUGUUACAAAACCUCUCGAGUCACAAAGAAAAAGAUCUAAAAGAACAAAUGGAGGACAUAAAGAAAAAACAUGAAGAAGAAAUAAAGGAACUAAAAGAGAAAUACAAAGACAAGUGUAGCAUCCUGUGAUCUACCCAUCGAUUCCUAAUCAGUGUGAUGUUGUCAGAUGGAACAUCAGUUGAACAUUGAAAAAACAAGCAGUGGGACACGUUAACGUGCACUUUAAUGCACUAAAAGGCACGUGGCCGGCCAGCUUAACAAUGAACGGAGAAACUGUGAUAACAACACACACAGAGGGAGACUUACUCCACAUUAGAAAUGGGAAUGUUUUAGUUUUAUCAGUUUGUUCUGUACAGCGUCAUCAGGUGUGAAAUAACUCCAUGAUUCUGGAUCCUUCCUGUAAUAUAAACGUGAUCACGUUUUGUUUAGAUAAGUAACAGGAGUUUGAUGAUAAAUCAAUGCUCUGAAUGUUGAUUUAUUUUGUAUCUCCAAUUGUCAUGUGUAUUUUUUCUUUUGGUUUAGUUUUGUUCUCAGGAACAUCAGGAACACAAUCAUACACUACACAUCAUUUUCCAUUUUCAAACACAACAUAUCACACUCAUAACUAAAGCAUAUAAUAUUAAGACACAAAUGCAGGAGGGUACAGAAAAAAGAAAGGAAAAAGGAGGCUAUCAGAGAGUGUUCAAUUUAUCAAAGUAUUGUAUGAUCGGAUCUUAAAUGGAUUUGAAUUUCUCAGAAUGUCCCCUUAAGGAAAAUUAGAUUUUAUCCAAUUUUAGAAAAACACACUCGAUCCCUUAAACACACUUCGGACUGUUGGGAUUCUCUUUCUACAAACGGGUUGAAAAGCUGUUGUGUUUUGUGUUUAUUCUAUAGAAUGUGUUUCUGUCUCAUGGAAAGCACUUUGAAUCGACUUGUUGUCUAAAGGUGAAAUAAAAAUAAACUUUCAUUUUGA